AUGCUGAAUGGUAUUGACGCCGCGCUCAACCCCUUCAUCACCUCGGCAUUCGGUACACACGGUCUCCUGAACGUCGGAAGCGUAAUGGCAACUGCGCUCGGUGGCUGCCUUCCUCUCGUCAUUGCCAAGGUCAUCGAUAUAUUUGGUCGCGUGGAGGGUUUCUUCUUCAUGCUGCUCGUCGUCGUCGCCGGUAUGGCUAUGAAAGCCGCCUGCACCAACGUACAGACCUACAUCGCCGGUCACGUCCUCUACUGGGCUGGUCACAUUGGUGUUUUAUUCGUUGCCGACAUCAUGGCCGCGGAUUGCACUAGCCUGACGAACCGCAUGAUCAUCUUCACCCUCAACGGAACUCCUCGUAUCGCAAGCACUUUUGCCGCACCCGUGAUCGCCGACAUGUUCUACUACCAGAACAGCUGGCGAUGGGCUUUCGGUGCAUUCAUUAUCAUCUUCGUCGGUUGCUGCGCUCCCGCGUUGGUGCUCAUGAUGUUCAUGUACCGCAAGGCUAGGAAGGCCGGUCUCGUCAAGAACGUGAAGUCGGAUCGUAACUUCCUCCAAUCGCUGUGGUACUACGCCAUACAGUUUGACAGUAAGCUACACAUUCAUCUCAAGAUUUAUCCGUAUAGCUACUAA